CACGCGCGCUUGCUUUUUGUGUGAAUCUUACGAUUUUGCUGUUCCUGUUGUUGGAUCCCUUUCUUUCUUUCGCCGAAACGACGAUGCUUUUCGAGAUCCAACUCGUCAAUAGUCUUUUCCCUUAAUUGUUCGGAUCAAUUUCUUCGCCUUCUAUUUUGGAGUUCGUGUUGCGAAUCGCGAAACUGUGGCGUGUGGUUGCUUGUUUGAAGGCAAGACACUUGGACAUCUGAAUCAUUGGUAUAAAAUGGUUUCGUUUGAAAUGAAUGAUCGGAAGAAGAUUGGAUUAGGCUUAACGGGAUUUGGUAUAUUUUUCUCAUUCCUUGGCCUUAUCUUCUUCUUUGACAAGGGAUUGCUAGCAAUGGGAAAUAUACUCUUUGUUUCUGGAGUAUCCCUGACCAUUGGACUGAAAUCCACUAUGCAAUUCUUCAUGAAACGUAGUAAUUUCAAGGGAACAAUUUCAUUUGGUAUUGGGUUCUUUAUUCUUAUCUUGGGGUGGCCUAUUCUGGGCAUGAUUGUGGAGUCUUAUGGGUUCAUCAUACUCUUCAGUGGUUUCUGGCCUACACUGGCUGUUUUCUUGCAGAAGAUCCCUGUUCUCGGUUGGUUGUUUCAACAGCCAUAUGUUCGAUCGUUAUUGGACCGCUACAGAGGCAGACGAGUGCCUGUGUAACUCGUGGAAUUUUAGAACAUUAUGUAGCUGCUAGGAAGCGCAUAUGUAAGUCAGUGUAAAGAAAACACUCUCGUAUGGAGACCUAACUCUGAAUUCUGAUGGUAUAAAAUUGUCAUAAUCAUUUUAUUCAAAGGAAAAUGGAAAGGAAAAAGUUUUUGUAUUCAUUUUACAACUCCUUUUUAGGCCCCUUUUUGAUUCUCAUGCCUCAUGGAAAAUCAAUCAAUUGAUCUUCGGAGUUUUCAGUUCUUCAACUUCUUCUACAUUACUGUCCAAUUCAGACGACAUCAUUGGAAAGGUUUCUGUACGUAGGGUGUUAUGGUGACAUUUGUUUACAAUUCGUCAGAGGAAUAUAAUGAUUUUAAGUGAUAUCAAAUGGUGUUAGUGCAACAAUAUGGUGCUUGACAUUUUUAUUUCUUUAUUUGAAAUAUAUUCUUCUAGUGAGAGUUGGGA